AUGACUCUUUUGAAGCUUUUGCUUUGUCCUUGCUCUGUUAACAGCGCCUGGGUGUGCCUGUCUCCCCCAUGCAGGAUAGUCCGGCUGGUGCUGGUGCUCAGGGACUGGGCCAACAAGAGCCUGCACGAGGAGCAGCAGAGGCCAGACCCCUUCCUGGAGCGUUUCCAAGGCCCUGAGCUCCUGACAGUGGCUGCAGGAGCUGGUGAUGAGCUUCAGGAUGAGGAAACUGAGAAGUUAAACAAAAAGAGGAAAUGGCUGUUCUUUGUGGUGGACCCUGCGGGGGACUGCUAUUACCGCUGGCUGGCUGUGAUUGCAGUUCCUGUCCUCUAUAACUGGUGCUUGCUCGUAGCCAGGGCUUGCUUCACUGACCUGCAAAAGACCUAUUUUGUGCUGUGGCUGGUGUUGGAUUACAUCUCAGAUGCUCUCUACCUCGGGGACACAGUGAUCCGCCUGCACACAGGGUUCUUGGAACAGGGCCUCCUGGUUAAGGACCUGAAGAAGUUACGGGAUAACUACAUCCCCACGCUCCAGUUCAAGCUGGAUGUUCUCUCCACCCUGCCCACAGACCUGGCCUAUUUUUGGGUGGGACUGCACUGCCCUGAGCUGCGUUUCAACAGGCUGCUGCGCUUCUCCCGCAUGUUUGAGUUCUUCGACAGGACCGAGACCAGGACCAGCCACCCCAACCUCUUCCGCAUCAGCAACUUGGUUCUGUACAUCCUGGUCAUCAUCCACUGGAACGCCUGCAUUUAUUACGCCAUCUCCAAGGCCAUAGGCUUCGGGGAGGACACCUGGGUCUACCCCAACGUCACAGACCCCGAGUACGGCUCUCUGACCCGCGAGUACGUCUACUGCCUCUACUGGUCCACGCUGACCCUGACCACCAUUGGGGAGACCCCUCCCCCCGUGCGGGAUGAGGAGUACCUCUUCGUGAUCUUUGACUUCCUCAUCGGCGUCCUCAUCUUCGCCACCAUCGUGGGCAACGUGGGGUCCAUGAUCUCCAACAUGAACGCCACCAGGGCGGAGUUCCAGGCCAAAAUCGAUGCCGUCAAACACUACAUGCAGUUCCGCAAGGUGAGCAAAGACCUGGAAACCAAAGUCAUCAAGUGGUUCGACUACCUGUGGACCAACAAAAAGGCAGUAGACGAACGGGAGGUCCUCAAGAACCUCCCUGAUAAGUUAAGGGCAGAGAUUGCCAUCAAUGUUCACCUGGAGACGCUGAAGAAGGUGAGGAUUUUCCAGAAUUGCGAGGCAGGGCUGCUGGUGGAGCUGGUGCUGAAGCUUCGCCCUCAGGUGUUCAGCCCGGGCGAUUACGUGUGCCGGAAAGGGGACAUCGGGAAGGAGAUGUACAUCAUCAAGGAGGGCAAGCUGGCCGUGGUGGCGGAUGAUGGCGUGACACAGUAUGCUUUGCUCACUGCAGGGGGCUGCUUUGGUGAGAUCAGCAUCCUCAACAUCAAAGGCUGCAAGAUGGGCAACAGACGCACAGCCAACAUCUGCAGCUUGGGCUACUCUGAUCUCUUCUGCCUGUCUAAGGAAGAUCUCAUGGAAGCAGUCACAGAGUAUCCUGAUGCCAAAAGGAUCUUGGAGGAGCGUGGCAGGGAGAUCCUAAUGAAGGAAGGGCUGCUGGAUGAGUCAGCUGCAGAGGAAAGCGCAGAAGGGAAGAGCAUGGAGGAGAGGCUGGACAGCGUGGCCUCGAACCUGGACACGCUGCACACCCGCUUUGGCCGGCUCCUGACUGAGUACAACGACGCCCAGAUGAAGCUCAAGCAGCGCAUCACUGCUCUGGAGUCCAAGAUGAGGCAGGAGGAACUGGAGGAUUUCUUCUCUGACAGCUCAGACAGUCUGUUUGAGGAUGAGGAGGAAGCUUCAUCUGGGGGUGGGAUGCAGUGA